AUGAAUCCCCCAGAGACUCCGGAUUACUACACAGAUCUCGGCAUCGGUGAAUAUGCGACACCAAAAGAAAUAAAAAAGGCGUACACCAAUCUUGUGCUAAAAGUCCAUCCGGACAAGCAGGCUCCUGGAGCUUGUGGAGACACGCAUGAGUUCCGCAAGGUGCAGGAGGCCUACCAAGUUCUGCGAGAUGUCGCAAAGUGUGCGAAGUAUGACGCCCAGUACCCGGAAAUUCAAAGCGACUGGGAUGAGUACCGCAUAUUCCUCGAACGCGAGGCCGCAAAGGCGAAGCGGAAGGCCGUAAGACAAGCAAAACAAAAGGCUGCAGAAGAAGCCGGAAGAAAGGCUGCAGAAGAAGCCGAACGAAUAGCUGCAGAAGAGGCGGAACGACGGGCUGCAGAGGAAGCCAAGAGACAAGCUGAAGAGGAAGAAUCCAAUCGUCAAUGGGAGGAAGUAAUCGCUAUGCAACAGUCUGGAGAGGAGUGGGAGUGCCAGAUGGAAGCAUUCCUCGAGGAAGAACGCAGAACCAAGAUGACCAAAGCAUUCCAAUGGGAAGCAAUUCACGACCAGAUGAGAAAGGAGGAGCUUCGAAUGGAGGAGAGAGAACGAGCAGAAGCUUUCGACGACAUCCAACAGCAAAUGGACGCGGACCGCAGAAACAUACUUCAGCCUCUGGAACAGAAGCGGCAGGAGGAGCUCCAGGAGGUGGAGCGCCGCUACAAGAAGAUGAUCGAUAAAGAGGAGAAGAAGUUGAAGAAGCGUCUGGACGAAGAGACAGCAAAAGCCGAGAAGGAGCUUGAAUCCAAAUGGGCCAUGCGCCGACAGCGCAACGAGAAGAUCAAAGCUGUCAGACAGGCAAAAGAGGAGUACGCGGCGUUGCAAGACCUGCACACACGUCAAAAGGCGUGGGAGGAGCAGCAACACAAAGCUGCAGAGGAAAGAGUCAAAGAACAGCUCAGAUCUGAGGAGAAGUAG